AUGGCGAGUCAGAGCCCCGACGAGGAAUAUACGGCCACGGCGGCCCCCGCAGCUGAUGGAGAGCCCCCAGCGGGGGCCCCAUCGGGUUCAUCCCCGGAUCCAAAGGUGGAUUCGAGGGAGAUUUUGGAGAGGCCCGGCGACCAGGCCGAGAGCCAAGAUCCAGGCUCCCAAGACAACCAGCCACCACAGGACCCAAACCCGGGUCCCGCCAACGUGGACGGAACCCAUGGUGUUCUUGGGCUCUCCUUCCCGAGAAAGCUCUGGAUGAUAGUGGAGGACGAGGCCUUCACGUCCGUGCGCUGGAACGACAAGGGAGACAUGCUGAUCAUCGAGGAAGACCUUUUCCAGCGGGAGGUUCUUCGCCGGCGCGGCGCAGACAGGAUCUUUGAAACAGACAGCUUGAAGAGCUUCAUCCGCCAACUGAACCUCUAUGGGUUCAGGAAAAUACACCUGCCCGGCACUCUGGGUCGCUCUCCGGGGAAGAAAAGGCUGAUGAUCUACCACAACUGCAACUUUCAGAGAGAGAAGCCCCUGCUGAUCGAGAACAUGCGGAGAAAAGGUGACCCGAGAGCAACUGCUCGGCCCGCUUCCAGCACAACCACCCCAAAGAGAAAGAAGCAAGCCGUCCCACCUAUGAGAUGCACCCAAUUUUUCCAUCAGAAUGACUCCACCAAUGAUGCCGACAGGAAGACCCAGAGGGAAGCCCCCCGUGCUCAGGUGCCCAGCGGCAUCCGGGCCUUCGUGCUCCCUGGCGUCUUGUCUGCCGGCCGGGUGGCCAGGUUGGUGGUAGUGCAGCGUCCCUCCAGCGAGCAGGGCGGCCCGAGUGGGGAGGGCACCUCCAGGAAUGUCACGCUAGUGCCCCCGGCUACUGCCGGAAGGGACGGUGCAGGGGAGCUGCCCAGAAGCCCCCCCGUUUGCCCCGAUCCCAGCUCGGUGGUGUCCACGUGCAACACGGGUUACUGCAUGCUGCUCGCGGCCCUUCUGCUCAUGGCCCCCAACCAGAGGCCCGAGGCCGAUGAAGAGCCCGAGGGCUCUUCAGAUUACAAGUGUGCUCUCUGCGAACAGUUCCAGAACAACCCAAAGCGCUGA